CGAGGGUCUUCAGGCAAACCUAAGGUCUUCUUCUCUUCUCUUCUUUUAGAUUUGUCUCUUUAUCUUCUUAAUUAACUAUGUUUCUUGGUUUCGUGUACACAGGAUUUGAGUUGCUACGGUAUGGGUUUAUGACUGACCUGACAUCUGCUCUCGAAGUCUAUGACAUUUCUUGCCAACUGAAUGUGGAUGAGCAGCUUUUCCCAGCCUGUAAGAUGACAUUCUCCAUACCCAGGACAAACAGUGAAGCUACUAUUGCCAUGGCCAGGAAUGCUCUUGAAUAUUUGCAAUUGCUGCCAUCUUUUGAUCCUCGUAUGGUGAUAAACUACCUCAAAGGAAGUUCUGCUGUAGAUAUCCUGACCGGUUAUCAGGAAAAUGGGCUUGCUUCAAUUCAUGAAAUCAAACAAAAUCAGUUCUCUGAGCGGAACACACUCCUCUUUCAUUCUUUGGAGGAACUUGAACGUCUUACUGGAUGUUAUAUUUGGCAUGAUUAUGAGUCCCGGGUUAUUAUUGUGGGUACGACUGAAGGAUCAAGUCUAGCAAGGGAGGUUGUGGAAGACUGCAUCGUUCGUAAUGUGCCUCCUGCGCACAAAUUCAACGAACUCAUGACAAGUCAAGCGUCACAGAAACUUGAGACUUCACGUUUGUGAACUUUUAUUCUCAUCGACUGGAAUCUCAAUGAAUCUUUACGUAUGGUACUAAAGCUAUGCAACUCUUGUUCUUAGUCAUCU